UGUAGUUCUAGCAGUGAAUCGUUACUCAUAUUUUAAUAUAGGGUGGCACAAGAAGCAAAGUCUGGCCUAAGUACCUUGGAUGACGGCAUCACCAAGAGCAUCUGUUUUUAUACAAUUACUAGUUGCAAACUAACAACUUAUGUAACUAAUCUUGUCCUAUAUGAGAAAUUAGAGAUAUAAUGUCAUGUAGGUCAUUAACAAGGAUUAAUAUGACAUCAAGAAGGAAUGAAAGCAGUCGGCUCUCGCUCUUGCUCUAAACCCUAAGGGCGCCGCCGGCCCUGGACGAAGAUCGAUCAACAUCGAUUUCACGAACAGGAAUGUGAAUUCCACAAGUGAUAAUCUCACUCUGGUUUUCUUCCAGAUAUAUUUGGCGUUUUUUUCCCUCGAUUGUAGGGUGUUUCAGUCCCCGAUAGCUUUGGCUAAUCGGGUGUGGUGUCUGCUCGGAUGGGCUAUGUGAGCCGGAACUGUCGAGGGUUAGGGAAUCUAGCCACGAUCCAUGUGUUGGAGGUCAGUAUGGAGGUUGAUGGAACCGGACCAAAAAACGGCUUUGCAGCGGUGUUACUGGAUUAACACCGCCUGAAAUUCUAUUAGAUCUUGUGAGCGGGAUGCUUCCUUUGGAGGUGGUUGGGCAAUCCUCUUUUCCCUUCUUGAUGGCUGGUAAAAUCGGAAUUACAUCUUUGGAGGUGCCUGAUCAAACCUCUUCUCUCUUGAUGGUGGCUGGAAAAACCAAAAGAUUUGAUUCUAUUUGUUAUUUUCAUUUUAAUAACUCUAAUUUCAUGUCCAUUUAUUUAAAUAGCAAGUACAACGAUGUUGUUAGAUUAGGCUACUAUGAUACAGAGUUAGCCAUCUUGACAAGUCAUCAAGGAUUGGACAAUUCAUUGUCUCAUCCCAAGAUAGCUCUGUGCUAUUGAUUUGCUUUAUCUCCCGUCACUUCCAUUAGUAUUAAUAUAAACUAUAAAUAAUAAAUAUAAUAUAUUGGAGAAUAAGAGAAUUAGAGAGUUAAGAAUAUGAUUUAAGAAGAAUUGGAGAAGAGAUAUGAAAAAAUGUAUAAGAUUAGGAGUAUUUAUAGGGUUUUUUACCCCCC